AUGUCACUCGAUACUUCCUCCUCUGCCAUACAUCUCAACCUUCCUCCUACUUCAUCUUCUCAGCUCCGUCCCCCUACACUCAUCACCGUGCAUCCUUCUGUCAUUGCCUCCAUUCUCACUCAUCACUCCCGAAGACCAAAUGAAGCGGACUCAUCCCCUCGAGUUAUCGGUACUCUGAUGGGUUCGAGAUCAGAGAAUGGACAAGAAGUAGAUGUCAGAGCUUGUUUCGCUGUUCCCCAUAAAGAGGAUGAGAACCAAAUCGCUGUUGAUAUGCCUUUCCAACAAGGAAUGAUGCAAUUAUUGGGUAAAACCGGUGCUAAGGAAUCUAUCGUUGGAUGGUACGCAACCCACCCAACUCUCAACGCCUAUUCAGCUCUUAUCCAAAAUUACUUCUCUGGCGAAACCUCCCCUCAUCCUUCGGUUCACUUGACCAUCGAUACUGAGCUUGAUCCUUCUGGAAAAGGCUUAGGUGUGAAAGGAUGGGUAUCUACUCAAUUAGGAUUAAGUCCCAAAGCCGAAAAUUGUGCUUUCUUACCUGUACCAGUGGUAAUCAAAUAUGCUGAAAGCGAAAGAGCCGCACUUGAUCUUCUCACUGCACCCGCACCUACACCUUCACCUUCGCUUCCGCCUCUCCCCACACUCUCCGCAUCUCUUAAUCAAUUAUCAACUUUGAUUGAUCAAUGUCUCUCUUACGUCCAAUCUGUUAACUCAGGUUCUCAAUCUCCUGAUCCCGAAGUAGGAAGAUACCUCCUCGAGGGACUUGGUAGAUGGUCAUCAGCAGAAGGCGAAGACGAGGGUGGUAUUAAAGCUGGUUUACAAGAUACCUUGACCGUAUCAUAUUUGAGUAAUUUGGUUCGAAGUCAAGUUGAAUUGGCAGGUAGAUUGGCUUUAUUACAACAGACCCCAGCGUAA